AUGGGACGGACAGUAAUUGCAUUCGACCUGUACGGUACUAUUCUCUCCACCGGAUCGAUAGCAGGAGAGUUGGCAGAACUAUACGGGCAAGACAAAGCCCAGUCAAUUGCCGCUCUAGCAAGGCGAUAUCAGCUUGAGUCAACAUGGCGCGUGACCAGCAUGGGUAAGUUGAGACAAGCCAAAAAUGAAGAGCCACCACUGAUGAUAUCUGAAGGCGCUUAUCGCACAUUUAGUGACUUGACGAGAUGGUCAUUUCGGCAAGCUACGAAAGAGAUUGGUGUUGAGCUUAGUCCUGAGCAGGAAGAGCGUAUCAUGGAUGCAUAUAACGGCCUAGACACAUUCCCAGAUGUGGAUAGAGCACUUGGAAAGCUGGAAGAACAUGUAUCCAUCGAUCCGUACAUCUUUUCAAACGGAACCAAGGCCAUGAUGACAUCGUCACUCGAUACAUGCCCAACUUUGUCAAGAGUGAGCAACAUAUUUCCCCACGAGAAAGUCGUCAGCAUCGAUCCUCUCAAAGUGUUCAAGCCGCAUCCUCGCACGUAUGAGUUCAUGGCUGAGACAGCGGGAAUGAAGUCUCAGCUUGAUAGGGUUUGGCUGGUAAGCUCAAACCCAUUCGAUGUCACUGGUGCUGUAGCUUUUGGAUUCAAGAGUGCAUGGAUCGACCGUGAAGGAAAAGGCUGGACUGAUACACUGGGAUGUUCACUGGGACUUCAGCCGACUGUGAUAGCGUCUGGUGUGGAUGAAGCUGUGCAGGUAAUCUUGCGUCAGUCUGAGGAGUUUAAGUAG